UUGAUUGUGAAUGAAAAGCGGUAGUACCUUGAUGACCCUGUAACCACCAACGUCGUUUAAGUGGAGCCCUUAUCAGCACCAGGAGACGCGUCUUCCAUGCACUAUCUUGACAUAGUUUACUGGACCCUCGAUAUCUUCGCGCCCGGCCGUAAAUUAUGGACGAUCAAGACAACAACAGCAGGCUUGAUAGUGUGGCAAAUACUGGCUCUAUCGGCCAAUUUUCGUUUGCCCCAGCCACUCGAACUACGGUUGUCACUACCACGACUACCACGACUACUACUUUCCCUCCGCUAUUCAUAAAGCCGCCCCGCGCAACGCGAGAACUUGACCCAAAACUGUACCCUCUGGCAUCGUCUCCUACCCCUUCGUCACUAAGGAACGUUAAAUUCGAGAUCGGAGGCCAGUCCGUUAUUUUCAACGAACCCGAGGAUACUGCAAGCGCUGUCAAUGAGUUGAGAGAGAAGGACGAUGCGUUGAAAGCUUCCAACGGCCUGGUCCGGUCCGUGACUUCAAUCUGCUCUGACGACACCCAGCUUCCCCGUCGAUUCGCUCCUCCCAGAGGAUUUACUCAAUCAUCCAAUCAACCGUCGAGCACCAAGCAGCGUCGUCCACUAGCGGUCUCAGAAACCCGUCAGGGCUCCUUGCGCCCCCACCCUGCCAGAAUUCCAUCAGAACAUUCGAUCCGCCCAACUCGUUCGCAUGGCUCUACAGCAAUACAUCCUGUGGUGGCUGGUUUGGCGACUCCUGAAACGGAAAGCAACAGUUACAGCGCCGGCGAAAGUGUACUUUCUCGGAGGAGGAUUCAUAGCGCGAAUGUCUCUCGCAGGGAAACGCUACUACGCUCGCCUUUGUCUUCUGGGGUUGAGUCCCAAGAGAGCUUAAGAGCUCCCACUACCAGGAAAGAACAGUUAGAAUCCAGAACGGUUGUUUCUGAAAGGAGCAGGCGCUUAGCUCGCUCGGAGAGCGAUCAAAGCAGGCCAACACUGUCUCAAGAUGUAGGGACAGAUGGACCGGAAGAUGAAUCGGGAACUUCUACGAGUCAAGAUACUGGAUACGAAACAUCCCAGGAGAUACCCCAGCAAAGUGCUUUGGGUUCGACGUCACAAUUGCCCAAUUUUGGUGGUGCUGCAGCCCAGGAUAUGUGUCUACCCAGUCCUAGCUUGUCUCCCGUCGCUGCGAUGAAUGCAAUGAAUGCCGACUCUUCCUUUGAAUCGGCUGAGGAGCCCGAAGUCGAUACGGAUUCUAGCCUCGAUAACCAUGAUCACCGCCUUGUAAGCUCAUUACGUACAGAAGACGCGAGAGCCACCUCAUCGUAUCGCUCCAGACCUACCAGUCUGCCUACAAUCUCGGAUACGCUGCAGCCGACAUCGUUAAUGGAUAUUCCUAGUGUUAUAGACUUCUUUGACUCUGUUCCUGAAGGGUUGAAAACCUACCUGAUGUAUCAGCUUCUAAGGCGGUGUCCUAAGCCGACUUUGCAUUUCGUUGCCGACGUGGUGAAUCCGGCCUUGAAAUGUGAUUUCUUGGCUCUUCUACCCCUUGAAUUAAGUCUGAACAUUGUGAAAUAUUUUGACGUCCAGACAAUGUGCCGUGCUGCACAAGUCUCAAAAAAAUGGAGGCAUAUCAUUAAUUCCGAUGAAAAAAGUUGGAAAGAACUCUUUGAUAGGGACGGGUAUGUUCUCCCAGAAGGGGAGCUGGAGCGUGCAAUCAGGGAAGGCUGGGGAUGGCAAUUUCCUAACGGGAGCGACGAUUACGAAAAGGAUCUAAGCUUUUCGUCUCCUUCAAUCAAACUCGAUCCUGAGUCCGGUUCGCCUUCAAUGCAACCACUGUCGGGGCCUAGUGAUAGGCCUUUGUCUGCGCAUCGCCGCCCGAAGAGAAAAGCAUACACUCGUGUUUCGAGUCGUAAACUCGCGAAGCGGAAAAUAUCGUCUAGUGGGACUGAUCACUCUGAAUCAUCUGAUUGGAGAAAGUCAGUUACUGCAGCGGAAGGGCCCUAUGCUGCUGCGAAUGCAGCAGCAGCAGCCGUUCCGUAUCCAGAUAUUGGCUUACCGUCUUUGCGAGGACUGCAUCUCUAUAAAUCUCUUUACCAGCGGUACCACUCAAUCCAUAAUGGUUGGAUGAAACCAAGUGUCAAACCAAGGCAUAUCGCUUUCCGUGCUCAUGACCGUCAUGUGGUUACCUGCCUUCAAUUUGAUACGGACAAAGUCUUGACUGGUAGUGAUGACACCAACAUCAAUGUGUACGAUACGAAAACUGGAGCUCUGAGGGCAACGCUCGAGGGACAUGAGGGUGGUGUUUGGGCUCUUGAGUACUAUGGCAACACCUUAGUUUCUGGUUCGACCGACAGAUCCGUGAGAGUCUGGGAUAUAGAACGGGCCAGGUGCACCCAGAUAUUUCACGGUCAUACAUCUACAGUGCGGUGUUUGCAGAUCGUUUUGCCGGCAGAAGUGGGAAAAAAAGCAGACGGCACCCUUGAGAUGAUGCCAAAGGAGCCUUUGAUAAUUACUGGUUCGCGAGACUCAAAUUUGCGAAUCUGGAAGCUUCCUAAACCGGCUGAUCCUGUCUACUACCAGAACGGACCACACGUCGACGAUACUGAUUGCCCUUACUUUGUUCGUGUUCUUACGGGUCAUCAACACUCUGUCCGCACGAUUGCUGCGCACGGCGAUACCCUAGUGAGCGGAAGUUACGACUGCACGGUGAGAGUCUGGAAGAUUUCCACCGGGGAAGCUCUUCACCGACUCCAAGGCCACUCCUUGAAAGUCUACAGUGUGGUUCUGGACCACAAAAGAAACCGUUGUAUCAGUGGAUCUAUGGAUAACAUGGUCAAAGUGUGGUCUCUCGAGACCGGAUCCAUUUUGUACAACCUUGAGGGCCAUUCCUCUCUGGUCGGGCUGCUUGACCUGAAAUGCGAUCGACUGGUCUCGGCAGCUGCUGAUUCUACCCUGAGGAUCUGGGAUCCGGAAACUGGUCAGUGUAAAAACAUGUUGAGCGCUCAUACAGGUGCGAUCACAUGUUUUCAGCAUGAUGGCCAGAAAGUUAUCUCCGGAUCUGAUAGGACAUUAAAAAUGUGGGAUGUACGGACUGGGGAGUGCGUUAGAGACCUUCUCACCGACCUUAGCGGAGUUUGGCAGGUCAAAUUCAAUGAUCGGAGAUGCGUUGCUGCAGUGCAGCGUGACAGUUUGACUUAUAUCGAGGUUCUCGACUUUGGUGCUUCUCGCGAUGGUGUACCAGAAGAUCAGUUAGGUAAACGCAUAGUUGUGAAUCGGUGGGGCCAAGAAGUUAGUGACGCCGACGAAGACUAUGAUCUGUCUGAUACCUGAUACUACUCGUCAUAACAGCCGGAACUCACUCUCACUUCGCUGCUUGGUAGGGAC